AUGUCAGCCAGCAAGCCAACCAUCGUCAUCGUCCCCGGAGCAUGGCAGCUCACGAGCUGUUUCGCCCCCUUUGCGGACCUGCUAAAGAGCAAGGGAUUCGACAAUGAGGUCGUCGACAUGCCCAGCGUCGGAGGGACGCAGCUGCCGCUCACGGGCCUUCCCGAGGAUGUUGCAGCUGUGCGGGCGGUGGUCCAGCCGCUGGUCGCGGCCGGGAAGGAGGUCGUGCUACUUGCCCACUCGGCCGGCGGCAUCAGCGGCGGAGGUGCGGUGAAGGGUCUGGACUUGAAGACCCGUCAGCAAGCUGGGCUGCCCGGGGGCGUGGUCAGGAUGAUAUACAUGACAGCGUUCAUGGUCCCCAAGGGAAGCAGCCUGCUGCAGAUGCUGGGUGGGCAGCCGCCGCCGUGGAUGGUCGUCGAUGGAGAUCGUAUCACAGUCGACCCGGACGUGGUGCAGGAGCUCGGCUACAGCGACCUCCCGCCUGAAGAGCGGCAGAAGUGGUCAAGGGAGAUGACGCACACCUCUGCUGCCCUCUUCGCCGGCGCCAGUGAGUAUGAGCCCUGGAAGGAUGGGGUACCGUGUGCAUACAUCCUCACCGAGGAUGACGGUGCCCUUCCAUACGCGCUGCAGCAGCAGAUGGCGGCCCAGCUCAGCCCUGAGGAGCCCAAGAUUCUCAUCAAGGCUAACCACUCACCCUAUCUGAGUGUGCCGGCGGAAUUGUUAACGGCGAUUGAGAAGAUUCUGGCUGCCUGA